UCCCCGAUUAUGGCUCCUGAUUAUAAUCAUGUAUGUAUGAAAAAUAUUAUCCAUUGCCUUUUAUCAGUUGUCAGUAUAGCCGAACGCAAACGUUAGCUGUGGGCCACAUAUAUACGUUUAUCUCCAGCUCCCGGAGGGCCAACCAUCACCGCAAGUUGUCAGAUGUCUAACCCCCAUCCGGACACGUUUUUACAACCUCGUUCCCAGGCUCUCUCUUAGUCAGUGUUUACAUCGGUGGGGAGGCAGGGGGUGGAAACGUAAACGCAACACCGAAAGUAUACUGAAUACUUCAACUAUUCUGACACAACCUGAUCAAAAACAUUAUUUUUAUACAAAGAGGCAAGCACUUAAAAAACCCCAAACAACUCAAUGCAAGAUCUUUUCUUCUUGGUUGUAGCCUUGAAGACGUUACGCGUGACUUCAAGUAUCGCGUGACAACAUUUUUAGACCCACCACUUCUCCAUCAUGGCGUCGACUAGGACUGAGGGAAGCGCAUUCAAACUGGAUGUCAACAUUACGAAAUCAGAUGAUUCUUCGCCAGUGUUCUUUAAAAUUGAUGGCGAGAGGUUUAAGGAGACCCAGACGCUGAAACUUCAAGUAGACACCACAUACAGAAUCUCGUUUGAAUUUCGUCCUUCGAAGGAAGUAAGUGAAAUCUCUAUUGCUGGAGGAAAUGUUGAGCAUGAACUUAAGAGGAGUGAUGAAAGGUCAUCACAUUAUGAGUGCAAUUGGUCAACAAGUGGAAUGAGCGAGUCCAAAAAGAAAGAUCGACUUUACUUGGUGAUAUUUGUCAAGUUUCAGGAUGGCAAAGAACUCAAUGCUAGAGUACAAUGCAAGAUGUAUUCCCUGAAGGACAAGAACCAUGUCAUGUGGGGAUCAUGCUUGAAGAGCCUGCAAAUUGAUUGCCGAGUUAGAGAUGGGCAAAGCCAUGUUGAUAUCCAACAAGUUUUAUUCAAGUAGACUUGGAAUGGAUGCUGUCAGUCUAUUAGGUUUACCCAUUUGCUUUGCAUAAAAUUGCAAAGAUUUUAUUGGACAAGUUGAAAUACAGAAUUUCUAUAGACAGUUGCGCCAAGGUGCUUAGCUGCAACCCGUCAAAUGCACCCAGAGACAGUGGGUUUCUCACUUGAAAGAGCACUUAGCAAUCUUGGCAGUCAACAGUCAUGCAUUAGACUUCUUAUAAUUUACAUUAGCCACCAUUAUUCCAAUGAUAGAAUGUUGAGUGUUUAGAAAAAGUGAGAUGUACACUAAAUAUUGGAGAAAAUUUUAAGAUGAGAAACUUUAAGUUUAAUAUAUAUGGUUUGAAUAUUUUUUCUGAAAAAUUAUAUAUAACAAAUGCAAACAAGACGGGUGAAUGUUAAAUGUUAGGCAAUAUUCUUCACAUUGUAGUGACUCAGUGCCCUAUUUUAAACACUGAAAACCAAAGCACUAUAUUGUAGAUUUGUAUUGAUGUAGAAAGUAUCUUUUAUGCACUCAGAAUGUGCCUACCUCUGUCAGUGGUAGAGUUAUUUGAUACAGAUUUUAAUAAAAAAUAAUCCCUAUAUACCAAUUCUUGGUUCCUCUCUUUGCUGCAAUGUACAUUAGUCAUGUAGUUAUCAAUGUGUAUGUUUGUCAGGUUUGGCUAACAUAUGGCUAGUAUUUAACAUAUGGCUAGUAUUCAUUUAUAACUGUUCAUGGGUGGGGAGAGGUGAUGUGACAGAAGGGUCUUGCAUAAAACGCAGCAUAGCCAGAGCUUUAACCUAGAUCUCUCAGUCGAGAUUCAACACAUCAUCUGAGAUGUAAGAGGAAGUCAUUACUCCUUGUAGUUUUUGUUGGCAUCCUACAGGUAGUUGUCUUAAUCCAGACCCUAUUUAUAUAUUUUAAAGAACUAUGCUGUCCAAUUGUGUG